GUUCAGAGGACUACAGAAGUAGAUUCAGUGGGGAGUGUUUUAUGGACCUCAUCUGUCCUGAGAAAUGCCGCUGUGAGGGAACAUUUGUGGACUGUUCCAACCAAAAGCUUACUAGGCUUCCAAGUCACCUUCCAGAAUAUACCACAGAUCUUCGUCUACACGAUAAUGAUAUUUCAAUUCUGGAAGCUACUGGAAUAUUCAAGAAGCUCCCUAGUCUACGAAAAAUAAAUUUAAGUAAUAACAAGAUCAAAGAGAUCCGUGAAGGCACUUUUGAUGGGGCAGCAGGAGUGCAGGAACUGAUGUUGACAGGGAAUCAGCUGGAAUCUGUGCACGGACGAAUGUUUAGAGGUCUCACAGGACUCAAGAUGCUGAUGCUCAGGAGCAACAUGAUCAAUUGUGUAAACAAUGACACAUUUACAGGACUGAGCUCAGUAAGGUUACUCUCUCUGUAUGACAAUCGCAUUACUACAAUAACUCCAGGAGCCUUCAAUACUCUUGUUUCUUUAUCUACAAUUAAUUUGCUAUCUAAUCCAUUUAACUGCAACUGCCACUUAGCAUGGUUGGGGAAAUGGUUAAGGAAGAGAAGGAUUGUCAGUGGAAAUCCACGUUGCCAGAAACCUUUCUUCUUAAAGGAGAUUCCAAUUCAAGAUGUUGCUACACAGGAUUUCACAUGUGAUGGCAACACUGAAAACAGCUGUCAUUUCUCUCCCCGUUGUCCCGACCAAUGCACCUGUGUGGACUCUGUAGUUCGCUGCAGUAAUAAAGGGUUGAGGUUCCUUCCAAAAGGGGUCCCCAAAGAUGUGACUGAACUGUAA